AUGCCUAACCUUCCUCUCAGUGUGGUACCUGGGGAAAUUCGGCGAUCUUCCCCUCUGAGCCUUCUCGGAAGAGAAUUCAUCACGGUCUUCAUGCAGAACGGCUUACAACAUACACUCAACAGCGACUUCCGGCUACUUAUCACCGCCUAUGCCCCAGCCACAUCGAUCACCAUCGCCAUGAAGAAGCCGGCGCUCAGGGUGCCGGUCCAGGUGAAUGCCGGCCAGACCGCAACGGUGAUAAUCCCACCCCACGCUGAGAUGGUAGGGGCCAAAAUCUUCGACAACACAGUCGUUGUCCGGGCUGACAAUGAUAUCUCUGUCCUCUCUCUCAACUCCAAACCCAACUCGGUCGACACCACCCCUGUCUACCCGGUGCAGAGCUUGGGAACGGAGUAUUACGUUGUCACACCGACCAUGGGCACGGAUCGCUAUGGAGAGGUUGCCAUUGUGGCCUGGGAGGGUCCAACCACAGUUGAUGUGCACCUGAAAGGGGCUGUCAUUUUCCAAGGAAAGACGCACCUCGGAGGGAGCAGGCUCACCAUCAAGUUGGAGGCAAACCAGGCUGUCCAGCUGCAGAGCCCAGGGGACAUAUCUGGCACCAAAAUCAUUUCCCAGAGGCCUGUGGCUGUCUAUGUUGGACACACUUGUGUGACAAGAUUCAACCAGUGUGACCACGUGUCCGAGCAGCUCCUGCCUGUCUCCAGCUGGGGGACCACCUUCAUCGUGCCCCCGUUGCCCUUUGAGAUGCAGGGUGAUAUCGUCUACGUCUCCACCUCCCAAGCAACUGAGGUGGAAGUUCAAGUUGGGAUGAGCAAGAGGAGCACGGGGCUGCUAGCUGGAAAUGCUGUGCAGUACAGAAUCCCUAGCUCCAAUGCCUUGUUCUUCUCCGCUAGCGCUGGGAUCCAAGUCAUCUUCUUCUGCGAUGGUGGGACCAAAGGAAACAUCAGAUACGACCCAUUCUUCAUGGCCAUCCCAGCCGUCUCAAGCUACUGCCAGUCCUAUCACAUCUACGGGCACAAUGAGUUUGAGAACUACGCACUGAUCAUCGCCAAGACAUCGGAGUCCGCGGGGGUCACCAUCGAUAAGAGACCACUGCACAAUGUCCUGUGGAGGCCAGUUCCAGGCACAGAAUACUCUUGGGCUGAAUACAGCCUUGGCAAAGAGUUCCAGGUCCAUUACGUGGAGCACGCUAGCUCCCCCUUCGGCCUGCUGAGCGUUGGGAUCGGAAACCAGAAGGCGUACGGCUCCCCAGCCAUUUGUGCCAGCGGUGAGUAUGGUGUGGAUGGUGUUUUCGUGGACCUGCCCUUCUCCCACCAGCACAAGUUCAAGGCCUACAUCAGUGGCGUUCAUGGUUUCAUCAAGACCGACUUCGACCUGAGAGUGAGCUUCGACUGGUACAGCUACGCCAGGGUCAUCAUACCCAAUACGUACGCCAAUGCUGUCUGCGGCCUCUGUGGCAAUGCCAAUCAGGACCCCAGCGACGAUCUGACCAUGAAGGAUGGAACUCAGACAUCUGAUGAGAUUCAGUUUGCCGACAGCUGGAAGGUUGGUGACGUCCCGGGUUGCUCGGACAGCUGCACCGGGGACUGCUCAGUCUGUAGUGAGUCUCAGAAACAAACCUACAAGGGAGACCAGUACUGUGGGGUCCUCAUCCGACAGAACGGGCCAUUCAGACAAUGCCACGGGGCCAUCGACCCAGCCCCCUUCUUUGAUGAUUGUGUCUUUGAUACCUGCCAGUACAAGGGUCAUCGUGAUACUUUGUGCAGCGCAAUCAGUGCCUAUGUGACAGCCUGCCAGGCCAGGGACAUCCGGAUAGGGCAGUGGAGAUCGGCCUCAUUCUGCAGUCUCACCUGUCCCCGGAACUCUCACUACGAGUUCUGUGGGAGCAGCUGUCCUGCCACCUGCCACAGGCCCUCGGCUCCAGACAGAUGCGAGGAGCCCUGUGUGGAAGGGUGUUUCUGCGAUGCCGGAUUCAUCCUCAGCGGAGACCGGUGCGUCCCCAUCACGCAGUGUGGCUGUGUGCACGAGGGCAGGUACUACCAGAAGGGAGAGGAGUUCUACACCAGUGCCUCCUGCCAGGAGCGGUGCCGGUGCCAAGGCAACGGGGUCGUCGAGUGCCAGGCAGCCUCCUGCAGAGCCAAUGAGGAGUGCAGGGUGGAGAACGGAGUCCUGGGCUGCCACUCCAUGGAGUAUGGAACCUGCGUAGUCUCCGGUGACCCUCACUGCUUCUCAUUUGAUGGACGGGCCUUCGACAUCCAGGGCUCCUGCGCUUACACCUUAGCCAAGGUCUGCAGCAGUGACCCCCGGCUGGUGGAAUUCUCCAUGGUGGUUGAGAACGAGAGCGCUGGUGGUGGCCGUGUGGCUCAGACGCGGGCGGUGGUGGUCUCCGUGCAUGGUUACACCAUCUCUCUGGAGAGGGGAAGGAAGUGGAAGGUGGCGGUGGGUGGAGAGCUCUACACCCUCCCACUGACAAUGGACAACGGGAAACUUCGGAUCAACCAGGAAGGGAACAACAUCAUUGUCCAGUCUGCCUCUGGCCUCCAAGUCUUUUAUGACACUGCCUCCUACCUCGUAGUGUCCAUCCCCAGCACCUACAAGGGACACAUGUGCGGCUUGUGCGGCAAUUUCAAUGGUGACAAAAACGAUGACUCCCUGCUGCCCAAUGGAAAGAGCACCCAAAGUUUGAGCGAGUUUGUCAUUUCCUGGAAGGUGCCUGUUGAUGGUGCCAUGUGCUCCGAUGGCUGCGGUGAGAGAUGUCCCAUCUGUGAUGGGGCCCAGACAGCACCGUACCAGUCCGAGAGCUCCUGUGGGCUGAUCAGAGCCACCUCAGGUCCCUUCAGAGAUUGUCACUCGCUGGUCAGCCCUGCCACUUACUUCAACCACUGUCUCCACGACAUGUGUGCUACCAACGGGACGGGAGAGACCCUCUGCCAGAGCCUCCAGGCCUACGCGGCCGCAUGCCAGACAACUGGGGCCAAGAUCAGAGCCUGGAGAACAGCCUCCUUCUGCCCCCUUGCCUGCCCACUCAACAGCCACUAUGAGCUGUGCACCAAGUCCUGCGAUUUCACCUGUGCUGGCUUGUCUGCCCCUGCUCAGUGCACCCAGAAAUGCUUUGAAGGCUGCCAGUGCAAUAGUGGCUAUAUGUUUGAUGGGGAGGAGUGCGUGUCCAUGGACAGGUGCGGCUGCAUGCACGAUGGACGCUACAUCAAGUCCAGGGAGAAUGUCAUCUCCAGUGACUGCUCAGAGAAAUGCACUUGCCACCCAUCAGGUGGGCUCAUCUGUGAGAAAAACAGCUGCACCACUGGCGAGAUCUGCGUGCUCAGGGAUGGGAUGCAUGGAUGCGCGAAGCAGGAAGGCCGGUGCAUGGUCUCUCCGGGCGCUUACCUCACCACCUUUGAUGGUGCCAAGGGGAAACUCCUCUACAGUGGGACGUACAAAGUGGCCUCGCUCUGUGACGAGAGCUCUCCUGCCUGGUUCAAGGUGGUGGUAGACAUCAGCAGUUGCACCAAUGACGGAAUACCAGCUUGUGCGGCCAUCUUUGUUUUUUUCCGAGAAGCUCUUAUCACUGUGAACAAUAACAUGGAGACCUGGGUGAAUGGGCGCUCAGUGCAGCUCCCGGCAAAAGUCUCCGAUGCUGUGUCUGUGAUCAAGUCUCAGGGCGGCGUGGCCGUGGUCCAGGCCUCGGGGAUGCAAGUUCUGUUCAGCCCCAGUGGGGAGGUGACGCUGAGGGUGGACAAGAUCCUGGCUAACAAGCUGUGCGCACCCUGUGGGAACUUCAACGGCGACGUCUCCGAUGACCUGCGGCUGCCCAGCGGGAAAAUCGUGGGGAGCAUCGCCGAGGUCAUCGACGCCUGGAAGGCCAGGGACUUUUUAGAAUGCCACGCUUCUAACAUCGUGUGAGCUGACCUGGAAACUCCGUUGGUCCCUGCACAUUAGACGGCGCCAGCGUGGGUUUGGCCCAGGAAUUCCCACUACACAGAGUGCUGGAGGCAGGUGGGACUCACCGGGCCAUGUGUGUGGCUGAAACCCUGGGCUGAUGUUUACAGAGCUGUGUGAGGGAAUUGGGUGCAGCACGUUCCCAGUGAUGUAGUGGCUGUUAUAUAUGUGUGCAUCCCUGCCUGCCCUGCCCAUUUGUUUAUGACUAUGUGCCCUCUCUAGAGACUAGCCCAAAAAGAUAAAUACAAGCUCCAAGUUUAGGGAGAACUGGUGGUAAUUCUCUUUGUGCUCAAGUGACAGAGGCCUAUUUUUGGAGCUGAAGAUCCCAAGUUCUGCUUCCCAUGCUUGGCUAACAGCCGGCAUCUCUGGUGUCUGUCUGCAGCCCUGGUUCAGUAAAAGUAGUCCAUCACAGAAGGUGUAGUUCAUCACAUGACAGGUAGCUAGAGAGAGGAGGAUAGAACAGGCGACUCAGGAGAUCUGGGUUCUUUUUAUGGUUCUGCUUCGACUGACUGUGACUUGUAGAAAUUGCUUAACAUCUGUGCCCCAGGGACUGACUACAGAUAAUAUUUCAGUGAUCUACUUUGUCUUUUGAAGUAAAGUACCUGCUGAAGAAAAGCAUUAUAUAUCUUUUUCAUCAAGCCAUACAUUGUACAAAUACGUUUAUAGUUAUAAAUUGACAACAGCUCUAAAUAUCAGAUAUUAAAGCAAUACCCUAAUUAACUCUUUCUGAUCCUUUCAUCAUCAAAUAUUGAAGUGCCAAACAUUAAUUAAACAACAGAACACCCUUGUGAAGUAAUUAAUUAUUAUUCACCUCAUUUUGGUGGAGUGAGUGUAAGUGGUGUCAGGGAAGUCAGUGACAGAGGUGGGAAGUGAAUUCAUGUUUUGACUUUCACACCUCUGCUCUAACUACUAAAAAACACUGAUAGGGUCUUAAGACAUUUUGUGUUACUGGCUACAGGUUAACGGAUCUUACUUUUAAAAAGAAAACUGCUCCAUGGAUGUGAUAUCUCAAACUUUACUUAGCACAUACUACGUAGAUAUGUAAUACUACUAGGUACAAAAGGGCUUAGUUACCUUAAGUUCCUUUGUCAUUCACUCUAAUUCCCUUAGUGUGGUAUGCUACAUGAAAUGCUGUAGCAAGAGUGUCUCUCUUUUGGCUUUUUAAAACAUACAAUUAAGCAUCGGUCUCUGCUGCUGUGGGUCUU